UGUGUGUGUGAAUCUGUCAGAUCUGCACGUGUGGACGCUCUGUGUCGUCUCCUCAUGGGUUUGGGCAUCAGCGGUGCGAGACCCUCGGCCUCUUCUGCAGCGGUGUUUCAGCUCCAGGACUCUGCGGUACAGCACAGACACACACUCUCCACCAAUAAUCCAUAAUCAAUCACUGCUCUUCAGAAACCACGGCUGACCACUUCUGAUGUGUGGAGGGAAUUAUUCGUGUCUGUUUAAACGGGAAUGCAGAGGCUUCCAGAAUCAGAGGUGUGUGUGAGUUGACAUGUGUGAAGCGUGUGUGAUGUGUGUGUGAAGUGUGUUUUUACAGCGUGCUGGCGGUGAGAUGGGAUGUGGACGCUCCAAAGCAGAGCAGCUGCAGGUGAAAGUGUGUGAUCGAGGGAGCAUCUCAGUUCCAGCGGCUACAGCGAUGCGGGCGGCACUGCUCAUUCAGCGCUGGUACCGGCAGUAUGUGGCUCGGCUGGAGAUGCGGCGCCGCUGCACCUGGAACAUCUUCCAGUCCAUAGAGUAUUCAGGACAGCAGGACCACAUCAAGUUGUAUAAUUUCUUCAGUUUCCUGAUGGAGCACUUCGGCCGCAGUGAGGGAGUGUGUGUGUCUCCGCCGGCCUCUCUGGUGUCGCAGAUGUUCGGAGAGAGAAGUGUGUGUCAGGACGAGCCAUGGGAGAAACACUGCUGCUAUACACACAUCCAGCUGCCGGACGGGUACAGCGGCCCACAUCUGACCUUCCCACUGACCCUCAGCGGCGUCACGGAGCUGCUGCACGCCUUCAGGAACAAACAGAAGCUUCACGCACGAUACGUUCUGCAACUGCUGGGAAAAACCUGGACACUCCUGCGAUUAAUGCCCAACAUCAGCACCGUCAGCACCGGCACACACACAGAGAUCACCAUCUGCGGAGAUCUUCACGGCCAUCUGGAGGAUCUGCUGUUGAUCUUUUAUAAAAACGGGUUUCCUUCGGCAGAGACCCCGUAUGUCUUCAACGGAGACUAUGUGGACCGAGGGAAAGAGUCGAUGGAGGUGCUGCUGGUGCUGUUUGCGUUCCUGCUGCUGUAUCCACAUGACAUGCACCUGAACCGGGGAAACCACGAGGACCACAUCGUUAAUCUGAGAUACGGCUUCACUAAAGAAGUUCUGAGCAAGUAUCGGGUUCAUGGGAAACUGAUCCUGGAGCUGCUGCAGAAGAUCUUCAGCCGGCUCCCGCUGGCCACCAUCAUCAACCAGAAGGUGCUGAUCGUACACGGAGGAAUCUCCGACCAGACGGACCUGAACGUGAUCAGCAAACUGCAGCGCCACAGGUUUGUGUCUGCACUGCGGCCCCUGAGGCGACGGGACUGGCCACCGGACCCCGAGCCGGACGAGGACAGCAGUGUGUAUCGUCGCCGGGUUCAGUCGCUCACACACUGCUCCCCGCUGCGCCGACACACACCCACACACACCGCCAGACACUCGCUGCACGCCGGAACGGGACGCUGCGUAGAGGAGGAGCUGCGGGAGCGCCGGCGGCUGGCGGAGGAUCCAGAGCUGCAGCACACACACACUGAUGCAGACGAGUGGAAACAGAUAGUGGACAUCCUGUGGAGCGACCCGAUGGCCCAGAAUGGCUGCGUCCCCAAUAAAGUGCGCAGCGGCGGGUGUCUCUGGGGUCCAGACGUCACUCACGCGGUGCUGGACAAACACCAGCUGCAGAUGCUGAUCCGCUCACACGAGUGCAAACAGGAGGGAUACGAGUUCUGCCACAGCGGCCGGGUGACGGAGAGAUACACUCACUCAUUCCUUCAUCCACACACUCCUCUGUUCAUCCACUCACUCCUCUGUUCAUCCACUCACUCCUCUGUUCAUCCACACACUCCU